CAGCAGGAGGACUGGGGACAGCAGGAGGACUGGGGACAGCAGGAGAACUGUGGACAGCAGGUGAACUGUGGACAGCAGGAGGACUGGGGACAGCAGGAGGACUGGGGACAGCAGGAGGACUGGGGACAGCAGGAGGACUGGGGACAGCAGGAGGACUGGGGACAGCAGGAGGACUGGGGACAGCAGGAGGACUGUGGACAGCAGGUGAACUGUGGACAGCAGGAGGACUGUGGACAGCAGGAGGACUGGGGACAGCAGGAGGACUGUGGACAGCAGGUGAACUGUGGACAGCAGGAGGACUGUGGACAGCAGGAGGACUGGGGACAGCAGGAGGACUAAUAUAGACUUUACAACAAUGUGCAUAUGCACAUGUGUCAAAGAGGCUGAGGGAGAUGUGGGGAGAGAAGAUGAGGAACUGUAGUGCCUCUGAGUUUUGUUCUGUUGUGGUCAGGCAAACCACCGUUAAAUGAAACUAGUCUCCUCUCCCGAAACCAAGGAAACGGGCUUUAUUGAUACUGAGAAUAAAAUAAGCGCUGCCCAGUUUCUGUUUGGUAACCUUUUGAUAUGAGCCUUUGUCAAAAAAAAAAACUUCUCACAGGUGGCUCCUUUGAACUUUGGUGUGUUGUCAGGUCAUCGGUGUGUUGUCAGGUCAUCGGUGUGUUGUCAGGUCAUCGGUGUGUUGUCAGGUCAUCGGUGUGUUGUCAGGUCAUCGGUGUGUUGUCGGGUCAUCGGUGUGUUAUCGGUGUGUUGUCAGGUCAUCGGUGUGUUGUCAGGUCAUCGGUGUGUUGUCAGGUCAUCGGUGUGUUGUCGGGUCAUCGGUGUGUUGUCAGGUCAUCGGUGUGUUGUCGGGUCAUCGGUGUGUUGUCGGGUCAUCGGUGUGUUGUCAGGUCAUCGUUGUGUUGUCGGGUCAUCGGUGUGUUGUCAGGUCAUCGGUGUGUUGUCGGGUCAUCGGUGUGUUGUCAGGUCAUCGUUGUGUUGUCAGGUCAUCGGUGUGUUGUCAGGUCAUCGGUGUGUUGUCAGGUCAUCGGUGUGUUGUCAGGUCAUCGGUGUGUUGUCGGGUCAUCGGUGUGUUGUCAGGUCAUCGGUGUGUUGUCGGGUCAUCGGUGUGUUGUCGGGUCAUCGGUGUGUUGUCGGGUCAUCGUUGUGUUGUCGGGUCAUCGGUGUGUUGUCGGGUCAUCGGUGUGUUGUCGGGUCAUCGGUGUGUUGUCAGGUCAUCGGUGUGAUAAACCUGCAGGAGUUCUUAGAUCAUGAGGUGCAAUAUUACAGAGAACAAACAGCUGUUGAUUUUGAACAGUAAACAAUGUUUCCUGGGAAAAACAAUUCCAGAAGUAAACCAGGAAGUGCCUUGAACAAAAGCUUGUUGGACAUUAGUUUACUAUUCAGCAUUAACUUCUGUUUGUUCUAAUACAUUACAAGUGUUAAAGGUCAAUGACUUCUUACUAAAUGACUUAAUUACAUAGAGAGACAACAUGUUAUAGACCUUUUAUACAUAGCCUCAGUUAAAAUAUUCAGUGAAUUUUAUUUUGUUACCUUAGUUACCAUUUUUUUGUUACCUUAGUUACCAUUCUUUGUUACCGUAGUUACCAUUUGUUUGUUACCUUAGUUACCAUUUUUUUGAGUUACCUCUCAUAUCACUCUGGAAGUAAGUUGCCCUUUAGGCACAGAUCUAAGAUCAGCUCACCUUGCUGAAAUUCUAACAUGAACCAUUUAAGCAUUUAGGCAAUCAUGAAACUGAUCUGGAAUCAGUUCUGACAAGUGAUAAAACAUAUAACCUACAGGUGUUACCGACGUUAUUGCAUAGAUGAUACAUGAUUUAAAUGUUGUGUACCCCGUGGAUGUCGAUUUAAGGCAGCCCCUCCGCACCUCUCUGAUUCAGAGGGUUUUGGGUUAAAUGCGGAAGACACAUUUCAGUUGUACAACUGACUAGGUAUACCCCCCCCCC